AUGGCUGGUCUUAUCAUGCGGUUGAAGUUUGUGGUGCACGCUAUUCAAUUCAAAAUACCAGCAUUUGUACACCGGAUUUUAAUUGUUACCUUAAUCGCUGUUAUGGCUUAUCAGGGAGUUCUUAAUAUCCGGAAACAGCAAGAAAUUCGUGGGGAAUAUAGCAAUCCGGCGCAAGAAGCACUUUUCGAUUGGAUUCAGCACAAUACCAAGCCUGAUUCCGUUUUCGCGGGCCCAAUGGCACUAAUGGCCAAUGUCAAGCUGUCGACUGGACGACCAAUCGUAAAUCACCCACAUUACGAAGAUGCUGAUCUGAGAGCACGAACAUUGCAAGUUUAUUCGAUAUUCAGUCGAAAACCGUUAAAAGCAGUGCAUCAGGCACUGAAAAAAAUGGGUGUCAAUUAUUAUGUUUACCAUCCAAGUUGGUGUGUUGCACACCCAGCCAAGUAA